CAAUUGGCGAGCUCGAGAGACGGCCUCCCCGUGACGCAGCUUGUGGAUAGUGUCCGUGUGCGCUGUUGGUUGUGUUGAUCUGAUGUCGGCGGCUUGCAAGGUUGAAAGGCCCCGUCAGGUGUCGAGUGCGGCCGGCGUGCUGUCUUUGCUGGACGAGCAGGAGUACUCGCUCCGCGUGCUGGCCCUGCAGAAGCUCAACUCGGUCGUGGACCAGUUCUGGGCCGAGAUCGCCGACUACCUCGCUGACAUGUACGUACGCCGACACACUCACACGCAUACACGCCGCAGAACAGCACGCAGGACGUCACAUCUGUGAUUAUCUGGGGGGGAUUGAUGUGUGUGUGUUUGUGUGUGUGAGUGCAGCGAGAGUUUGUAUGAGGAUCCCAAGUUUGACCAUCGAGAACUGGCGGCACUCGUGGCAUCAAAGGUACGGACAACAGGGAGGGAGGGAGGGAGGGAGAUAGACAAGCAGUCAGUCUGUCAGUCAGUCAGUCAGUCAGUCAGUCAGUCAGCCGAAGCACACACACACCAAAGGUGUGCGUGUGAUUGGCCGUGCCCCCCGCAGGUGUAUUACCAUUUGGAGGAGUAUGACGAUGCUCUGCGGCUUGCCCUGGGGGCGGGGAAUCUGUUCGUCCUCUCAGAAAAGUCACAAUACGUCCACACUAUCAUAUGUAAGCCGCCUCCCUUCCUCUCUGUCCCCACGUCACUGUGUGUCAAUGUUGUGUGUCUUCUUCACAUCAAUAUAUCAAACCCCUUCCUUGAUGGGAUGGAUGCCAUGGAUGCUUGACUGACUUGAUGUUUGUUUGUUUGUAUGUUUUAUGUCAAUGUCGGUCAGCGCGUUGCAUCGAUGAGUACGUGAGCGAGCGUGUCAAGCACGACGAGGCCAAGGCCAAGGAGGAGGAGGCUGCGGCGCGUCAGGGGGCCCAACACGAGGGCGGGGCUGCACCGAUGGAUGUGGACCAGCAGCCCCAGGCGGCCCUCAAGCCCAUCGACAGCCGCCUGGAGGCCAUCGUUGAGCGGAUGUUUGACCAGUGUGUGGAGGACCGCGAGUACCGUCAGGCCCUGGGCAUCGCACUCGAGGCACGGCGGCUCGACCGGGUCGAGGGCAUCAUCAAGGCAGCACCCAACACCAGCGACAUACUACGGGUGGGUCGGUUGGGGUAUAUGGGUGGGAACACAUACACGUGAGGAGGGAGAGAUGGAACAGACAUAGAUCUGAUCUGAAUGAAUGAAGCAGGGGAGAGGAGAGGUGGGGGUCCCCAGCUGUGUCGUGUCGGACUGAAUUAUUCGCCUGGUCUGUGUGCGUGACAUCUCUGCAGUAUUGUCUCCGCCAUGCCCAGACCGUCAUACUGUCCAAGCGAUUCAGAACACACGUAAGAACGUAGAACCAGGCAGGCAGGCAGGCGACGGAUGGCUGACCGAGUUGAUCCGGAUCCAUGCUCUGCAGACAUUUAUUUGUGUUGAUCUAUCUUUAUGUGCACUCACUGCAGGUGUUGGAGUUGCUGGUUCGUGUGUACCGUGAGUUCCCCCCCGUUGAGUUGGAGGGCGAGCUGGCCAACCUCUGCCAGUGCCUCUUCUUCCUCAACGACGUCACUGCUGUGGCCAACAUUCUCAAAGAUCUCGUCGACAAGCAGGACCAGAAACACACCGCUAUGGCAUACCAAAUCGCAUUCGACAUCGCCAACAACGGUACGCACCGCACCCCACCCACACCACCACAGCGACACGACCUGCCUGCCUCACUUGGUGGCUACGUAUGUGUGUCAUGUGGGUGUCUGUAUCUAUGGCGUGUGUCAGAGGACCAGCAGUUUUUGAAGGAUUUGUUGUCCCAUCUGCCGGCCCCCAAGGUGCCGGAGCCGCCCCAGCAGGCAGCAGCCGAGCCAGCAGCGCCCGCAGAGGGCGCUGAGGUCGCCCCCGCUGCAGCAGAGACAGGCGCCGGGGAGCCUACGGCAACAACAGCAGCACAGGUCGGACGAAGGGAGGGAGGACGAUAGAGACAGACACAUAAGACAAGACAAGAAAGGCAGACAUGGAAGGUGUGUGUGUGUCUGGUGUGCAGGGCGAGGGUGGUUCGACUGAGGCAGCGGGUGCGGCUGUUACGGCCUCAUCAGGGGAGGCCCCUGCUGCAGAUCAAACACAGGCCGAUGCUGAAGGUAAGCAAUGAAUUCUACACCCUGACUUAUCGACCACACCAAAGGACGCGGUCUUUGCCGUCCCUGCAUGGGUGUGUGUGUGUGUGAUGUCUAUGUAGUGCUGCCGGCCGCGAGUGGUGAGGGCGCGGCGGAGGCCGUCGCAGAGACCACUCAGGAGGAGACACCCGAAGACAAAAAGGUGCAUUUUACACUCCACCAAUUCCACCAACACAUCCAUUGGUUUAGUGCGAUCGAUAUGCAUGUAUCCCACUCGCUGAUCUGAUUGAUUGGCAUUGCAACCAUUGCUCCCUCACCACCCUGGUGUGUGUAUGUAUGGAUGGAUUGUGUGUCAUGUGGUGCGGUGCGGUGCGUGUGUGUGUCCAGCUGCGUCUGCUGCGUUACAUCUUGGAUGGCGAUGCGGCCAUCGACCUGCACCUGCUCUUUCUCAGCCAAAAGUGCAAGGCGGACCUACAGCUGCUCGAACACAUCAAGGUAGGUAAUCUAUCAUCAUACACACCACACACAACCACAUCCAUCACAGACACACAGACACAGGGGCGGACGUGGCUGUGAUAGAUAUAUGUGGUGUGUGGGUGGCUUACUGCACUGCACUGCUGCUUUGCUUGUGUGUCAGAAUUCGGUGGAUCAGCGCAACUCGAUAUCCCACAACGGCAUCGUCAUUGCACACAGCAUCAUGCACGCAGGUCAGGCGCGGUCAGGCAGGCAGGGAGGCAGUCCACCACCCCACACACGCACACACAACCAAGGGCCCCAACCUGUACAGUACCUCAUGUGUUUGCGGGCCACUGCCUGCCCUGCCUGUCUACAGGCACAACUGAGGAUGAGUUCCUUCGCAAGAACCUCGACUGGCUCGCUAAAGCUGGUACCUACCUCUCUGCAUGCCAUGCACCGCACCCAUACACACAUUACACAAAGCCCCCUUCCCUCUAUCGAGCGGUGGACGUGUCUGUGGUCUGUGUGUGUGGCUAUGCAUGGAUGGCUCAGUGAGUUGGGCCAAGUUCACGGCGACGGCGUCGUUGGGUGUGAUCCACAAGGGCCACUUCAAGAACUCCAUGAAGGUCCUCGAGCCAUACCUCCCACAAACAGCACGUAAGCUAAGCUGACACACAUGUGCGAUGCGCACGCCUCCAAAGACACACACACGUACGGUACGUGGCUCGGCUCGCAUGCACAUGUGUGUUGCGUGUGUGGCUGUGCUGUGGUGUAUUGCCAUGACUGCAGCCCAGCCCGGUGGUUACUCUGAGGGCGGUGCGUUGUAUGCGUUGGGGCUCAUCCACGCCAACCACUCCAACCCUACCGUGCGGCAGUACCUCAUGCAACAACUCCUGUAUGUAACCACAGACACAAUCUACACGCAGGCAGUGUGGAUGGAUGCCCAUCCCAUGACGGAAUGUAUCCAUGACUGUGGUGUGUGUGUGGGUGCACUGACUGCAGUGCGUCAAGCCAGAACGAGCAGAUUCAGCACGGUGCAUGUCUAGGGCUGGGCCUCCUCUGUAUGGGCUCACACGACGAAGGUAUGCAUGCGCACACAAACCCACCGCACACACCAUACGGGAGGGAGGGAGGGAGGGAGUGAGGCAGGCAGGUCGAGAGGCCGUGAUGUGAUGUGAUCCACACAAACACACUCGUGUUCCCUCCCUUCAUCGUUUCUUUGCUCCUUCCUUCCCUUGUGUGUGUGGUGUUUGUUGUAGAGUUGUAUGAGAAGUUGAAGGAGGUGUUGUUCACCGACAGCGCCAUAGCGGGGGAGGCGGCGGGCUACGCCAUGGGACUCGUCAUGCUCGGAUCUACCUCAGAACACGCCAUCAGCGAACUCCUCGCAUAUGGUCGGUCACCCAACUUUAGCCAACCAGCCAGCCAGCCAGCCACAUAUAUCCAUCACACACAGCACAGCCCAGCACCUACGGCCGACUGUGUAUGUUAUGUGUUGUUUGUUUGUUGGUUCAUUCCUUCAUUCAGCCCACGACACGCAGCACGAGAAGAUCAUCCGCGCGUGUGCGCUCUCCCUCGCACUCAUCAUGUUCAAACGAGAGGAGGAGGUCACCACACCACCAAUAAAGAAAUAUAGCAAGGAACAAAGGAAUCAGACAGACAGACAGACAGACGUGGAUGGACGGACCAUGAGCCAACGAACGAGCCAAUGAUGUGAUGUGUGUGUUGUGUUGUGUGUGUGUGUGUGUGUGUGUGUGUGAUGUUAGGCUGAGACGUUGAUCCAGCAGCUGAUGAUGGACAAGGACCCCAUCCUGCGAUACGGAGCCAUGUUCACUAUCGCCAUGGCCUACUGCGGGUCUUACUCGGUACGCACGCACUUCACUUGAUGGAUGGACUAAAGUUGAUGAACUGACUGGCCAUCAAACAAACGACAAUAUCGGUGUGUGGACAUAACAUGCGUCCUGUCCUGCACACAUGGUGUGGUGUGUGUGUUGUGAUCCUGAAGAACACGGCUAUCCGUCGUCUGCUGCACGUGUCGGUGUCUGACGUGUCGGACGAUGUGCGCCGGGCGGCCGUAAUCGCACUCGGAUUCAUCCUCUGCAACGUACCCGAACAGGUAGGUAUGCCAUCACACCCAUCCGGCCGGCCGGUUUAAAGAUACCAACCAAGCACUGUGGACUGAGACCACACUCAUAUCGAGUCCACGAGUGUGUCUGUGGUGUGUGUGUGGCGUGCCGUGCCGUGCCGUGCCGUGCUUGCUUGACCACGUCCACGUCUGUGUGUUUAGGUUCCUAAGGUGGUGAAUUUGUUGUGCCAGAGCUACAACCCCCACGUGCGGUACGCCUCGUGCAUCGCUCUGGGCAUCGCCUGUGCCGGCACCGCCAUGAGUGAGGCCGUCAACCUACUCAUACCCAUGGCCUCUGACACCACCGACUUCGUCAGACAAGGUCAGUCAGUCAGGCAGGCCACCGGGGGGCCGGGUCGGGUCGGUGAAUGAAUGGAAUGAACGGGCGGCUGGGGUGGGUGGGUGCACAGCGGACGCCCUGUCCAAUUCAGCGAUUAGUCAUUUAUUUGCCUCUCCACGUGUGUGUCUGAUUUAUGUGUAUAUAAUGCGAACAGGUGCCCUCCUGGCGUUGGGUUUGGUGCUGCAGCAGGCCACGGACGCACUCAAUGAGAAGGUCAGGUCACUACCCGCCUCAACCAACCACACCACACGACACGAAACACAUAAAUCACAAAGUCUGUUUGCGGCUGCCUGAUCUAGUACUAGCUCAUAGCUAUGUGUGUGGUGUAUGUGUGAUGUCUGUCAUCUCAUAUGUCGUCGAUCGAUCUGGCAGACGAAGGAUGUGCGUGAGUUGUUCAUCAAGGUGCUGGCGGACAAGCACGAGGAUAUCAUGACGCGAUUCGGGGCCAUACUCGCAUACGGACUCAUCGACGCGGGGGUGAGAGGGGGUGGCAGAGAGGACAGACAGACAGGGAGGGAGGGAGGGGCCUCACACACACAUACACGCACCGGAUCGCUGGGUGUGUGUGUGUGUGUGUAUAUUUUAGGGUCGCAACGCGGCUGUGUCGUUUUACUCGAAGGCCGGCAGUUUGCGGUCUGAGGCGGCGGUUGGGAUGUGUUUGUUUUGCCAGCUGUGGUACUGGUUCCCCCUCAUCCACACCGUCGCACUCGCCUUCCAGCCCACAGGACUCAUCGGUCAAAGGGACACACACACACUCAACACGACCAACGCCACCUCAGCCAGCACUGCACUGCACUGCAUGUGUCUGUCUGUCGUGUGUUCAGGAUUGACGACGGAUCUGAAGAUGCCGUCGAGUUUUGCCGUCAAGAACACCGCCAAACCCGAGAUGUUCGCCUACCCCGCACAGUUCCAAGUCAAAAAGGACGACGCACCCACCAAAACUACCACUGCCGUACGCUACGCAACACAGAGACAUGCACCACAGACUAGACCCACACAGACCAGACCUUAGAUCUAACACACGUGCAAUGCAAAGGGCGAAGAAAUGUCUCUCUGGUGUCUGUAUGUGUGUGUGUGUGUGUGUGUCCCAGGUGUUGUCGACGACGGUCAAGCAGCAGUUGAAGAAGCGUCAGUCGACGAUGCAUAUCGACGACAAGGAGGGCGACUCCCCGACGGCAGCCGCUGCCGCACCACCACCACCGCCCUCAGUCGCCGGUCAGCCAGCCAGCUAGCUAGUCAGCAAACACACUCACCACCGGAGCCAAGACACACAAGACAGCCAUACCUCAUGUCCGGGUGUGUGUGAGCGUACAUCUGUGUGGUUAUGUAUUCAUUCAUCAGUGAAGGAGGCUGAGACUGACGAGGGGAGCAAGACGGCGACGGCCCCGGCCCCGCUGAGGGGCGCGGGUCAGCAGGGGGGCGAGGAGGACAGCGCAUCCAUACUCAGCGACAUGCCAUCGACAAGGUACGGCACUCACUCACUGCCAUCCAUCCCUCCGUAUUUACGGUCCGAUGUAUGUGAAUAUAUGUUUCCUCCAGGGGAGCUGACGUUGCCUCCACCGCCGCCACCAUUGGAGGUCAGCCACCGUCCCGUCCCGUCCCGUCCCGUCCCGUCCCACCCACCCACCCACCCACCCACAAAAAACAAACACAUUUCAUUCAUCAAUCAGUCAAGGAGGAGUGACUGCAUGCGUAUGUAUGUCUCCAUCCCAUCCGUCGGUCCCAUCAGAGUAUUUGGAGACGUCGCACACCGAGGUCGAGUCCACGACCUCAAUAGACGCAAGGUACGUAAGCUGCACACAUGCACACACACACAUGAAGCCCCCACACGUACAAAGACACAUGUGUGAUCUAUAUGAUACAAUUGUGUAAGGUCGAUGGCGGCCCGUUCUGAGCGCAAGGAGGACGUGACGAUGACGCCGGCCGAUGCGCCGGCUGCUGCUGCUGCUGCCGCCGGCACGGACGAUGAAAAGGACAAAAAGAAAGAGGGCGACGGCGGGGGAGACGAUCCCAACAAGGCCGCCGCACCUACAGAAGAGGUAGGCAAACACAUCGACAGACGCUGCGACAAGACCCUAAGUGUGGGUGUGUGUGUGUGUGUGAUUGUGUAGGAGAAGGAUGGUGUGUUGAAGAAUCCGUGUCGUGUGCUGCCGCGGCAGGAGGCCUACAUCGACAUGCUGCCCGACAACAGAUACAAGCCCAUCAUAUCCGACAGAAAGUCUGGAUUCCUCAUACUACUCGACCAAACGUAACAAGCGAAGACGGUGUGGGUGUGUGUGGAUGGCCUUGGCAUUCUGUGUGUGUGUGCAGCCCCGAUGAGCCGGAGGAGUACGUGCAGCCCAAGGCAGCCAAGGGUGAGCUGAAGUGGAUGGGCAAGGCAGGCUCACUCCACUCAUUGACGGACCAACAAACCAACGACCGUGUGGCCUGCCUGUGCGUAUCAAUUUGCUUCAGAGGAGGACAAGGAGCCGGAGCCACCAGAAGCAUUUGGUGAGAACGCAACGCACACACUCGACAGCCGUCCGUCCAUGUGAUUCACCUGCUGUACGUAUAUGUGCCCUUCCGUGUCUGUGUGCGCGUCAGAAUGGAGUGGCUGAUGGCCGCCUACGUAAGUACCGCCGAGUGCGUGUGGAGAGGGGAGAGAGACUUUUACAUACAUACACAUAGUGCGGUGCGUACAUGGUGUGUGGCUCCAUGCGUCAACGAGUGCGAGUGCGAUUGUGGGUGGAUUCGCUGCCAACCUGCCUGCCUGCCUGACGGCCGGCUCGACUGAGUGAAUGAGUGCAGGCUGACUGGAAGAUCGACUCACUCAGUCAGUCAGUCACUCAACUGUGCAUGACUGACCAAGUGACAAGAAUGGCUGGCCGCUGCCUUUUCCUGCAUCCAUUCAAUGAAAUCUACCUGCUGCAAGAUAAGAUCCCUCCCUGCUCAAGCUCAGCUCCCAUACACACAAAUUGGCCAGGGAUGUGGGAGUGACGAUACAUACACACACUAAGUCUGGAUGCAUGUGUGACGGUGCCGACUGGAUUGCC